AUGCAGCCAUUGACCAACGAGCGUGCCCCAGCAGAUGUACCUCGACAUGUGCUCUCGCGAAGAGCCUGUCUAGAGUGUCAUAGACAGAAACAGAAGUGCAACAGACAGCAGCCUUGUUCCAAUUGUGUUCGUCGAGGUAUCCCUUUCGACUGCAUCUGGCCGACCACUUCAAAAAGGCAUCAUGUCGCUAGACUUGGUCACUCGACCCAGCAAUCACCAACUUCACAAGCACAUCCUAUCACUCCGGCUCAGAUCCCUCAGAUCCAUGAACCCAGGAGCCCGGUAAAUUCCUUUCCUGCUGUGAUCCAGGGAUCAGCUUCUCGUCCAGGCCAGCUCUUCAUGGUCAGAGAUGCACCAUCAUACCAUGGGAAUUCGUACUUCGGGCAUCACUCGGCCGCGGCUCUCAUGGGAAACCCAAGUUCAGACCUGUCAGAUGGUAUUUACGUCGGUUAUUCACAUCGGACACGUCUAGGUGGUUCGACCCAACCCUUUCGAUCGGAGCGUGGACCGUAUGCGCAGCUCUGGGAGCUCCUCGGAAGUCUACCACGUCGAAAAGCAACUGUCGAUAAGCUCAUUCGACUCUUCUUCGACGAGCUAAACGUUACAUUCGACGCAGUCCACGAGAGUACGUUCAUGCGGCACUACGAAGAGUUUUGGGACCGCAAGGCAGGCUGCGACGAUCUGAGCAGCAUUAAUUUGCGAUGGCUUUCGGUGUUGUUCAUCGUUCUCGCUUUCGGUGAACUGCUAGACUGUCCUCAGCCAUGUUCAGUGGAAGCACAACGAGAGUGCGAAGACUCUUCGCUACACUUUUAUUGGUCAGCGAGGAAGAGCUUAGUAAUUGCUCCAUCAUUCUACGGAGAGUCUCCUGACCUGACCAGAGCGGGUAUUCUUAUCACUCGCUACCUGAUUUACACAAAGCGCAUCUCUGAAUCGUGGCUGACCGGUAGCUUUGCCGUUCGUAUGGCUCAAGCUCAGGGGAUGCAUAUCGACGGGGAACACCUGCAACUUCCGAGAAAGGUCAUAGAAACUCGCCGAAGGCUCUGGAGUCAACUCUACUUUCUUGACGUGACCAUUGCUCUCGCUCUUGGAAGACCCAAUUCUAUCAAUGAGAAGCAUUGCGUGUUCAGAGAAAUAGACAACAUCUGGGUGGACGAUAUGUCGAAUGAAGAAGCCGCCCUAGCUCAACCAUUAGACUUGGAGACGAACCCAACCCCAAGUGCUUUGCUGAUAUUCCAAUAUCGUUUGUCUCGGUUAAUCACACGAAUAUACGACAUGCAGUUUAGUGUCGCUUCCGCCACCGACUCUUCGGCAUCCUAUGACGAAGUCAUGCAGAUUGAGGACCUUCUUCAGCUCUGGAAGGAUACUUUGCCAUCUUAUUUCAGCCUCGAUGCUGACUUACGCAUGGAUCAUCAAUACAGCUACCUUCGGUGGCAUCGUCACUAUCUCCAUACAGCUUUCCACUUUGCUCGCAUCACCUUACACCGUGCUUUCCUCUUUCGAUCUAGCAUCACUGAUCGUUUCCGGCGCAGUCGUGAUGCCUGCAUAUCUUCUGCAUGUGCAGAUCUACAAAUCAAGCUUUCUUUGCACAAUCCGACCACUUCCGAGCGCAUCAAAGCAGAUCUGGGUACACAGCAGCUCUCAAACAGCGCACUCAUACUUGGUGUCAUUGCAGUCCAGUCGCCUCAGGCACCGCAGACGGAAGGUAUACUGAACGAUCUGCAAUCUUACUGCUACCAACAACACCACGAUCCCUGGGCCAAUGAAUUUGGCCUCGCGGAAGCAAGAGUGGUGGAACUCUGUAUCGCAAGAACGUUGCAAGCACGUCAGUCAUCAGCUAAUUCACAAGUCAAUCCAUCGACUACGAUACUUUCGGGUUCGCUUACAAGAUCAGUUUCGGACCAAGCUUUGGCUCUUGGAAGCUCACAUCCUCAUUCCUCGACUGCAUCAUGUACUGUAGGUGUUCAAUCAGGACUCUCUACAGGAUUGAAUGCAACCGGGACGGAGCCUUGGUCUUUCAACGAGUUCCCAGAGCUUAUGGAUUUUACCUAUUGGGAAGGACUAAUUGACAAUUUGAGUGGAUUUACCUCCUCCAACACUACCUGA